UAUUUCCGACAUACCUUUAGUUUAUUCCGAAUAUUAAACUAUGUCCGAGAAUCAAGAACCUGACGAAACAAACAAGAAGAUAUCUGAAGACAACUCAAAACAGAGAAUUACAGCUGAUAUCACAUAUCAUGAAUAUUUUAUGGCUAUUGCUUGUUUGUCAGCAAAAAGGAGCAAGGAUCAAAAGCGAAAGGUUGGUGCAUGUAUCGUCAACGAGAAAAACAGAAUUGUUUCGACUGGAUACAACGGAUUUGUUGACUCCAUUAAGAAUAAUGAUGAAACAUUCGACUGGUCAGACAAUAAGAAAAAUCUUUAUGUCUGUCAUGCGGAAAUGAAUGCUGUCGCUAAUAGACAUUGCACCGAUUUGAAAGAUUGCACGAUCUACGUCACACUUUUUCUAUGUAACGAAUGCACCAAACUAUUAUUACAAUCCGGAAUCAAAAGGGUUAUUUAUUAUGCGGACGACAAGCUGAAGGCUGAAGAAGAUAACCAGAAAAAAGCCGACGAAGGAAAAUACAUGGCAUCCAAAGAAAUGUUGGAUAAAUCAGGUGUCGAAUUGGUACAAUAUAAAGACCUUGAAGAUGAAGAUGGAAGUCCACUAAACCCAAAACGAAACAUUAUACUCAGUUUUGAUGAAAUUGCUUUACAAAAGCAAACAUGA